ACAGUAUGGCUUCUGGCUUAUUGGCAACGGUUAACAUAUGUUAAGGGUACAACAGGUACCUGCACUUCGCACAUCUCUAGCCGCAUUUUAAUAACAAAAGAUUUUUGCAAAAAUGUAUUUAACUCUGCUUAACGGCACUGGCUUCGUUUUCAACGUGGAUGAUUACAUGGAACUGCGGAGCAAACAUCGCAUAAUGGGUGCUCCAGUGGGCACAGCGAACACAAAAGGCUGGAGUCCCAAUCAAUCCACUCUGCCCGUGGAGCUGAGUAAAUUUGAAACCCAAUUGCUUUUGGAUGAGAAUAUAGCAAAGUUAGUUGAUAAAUCCAAAGAUCUGAAGGCCAAACCCACUGCCGAGAAACUGGAGGAGUGCAAGGCGGAUUUUGAAUCCCGGUUACUGGGACAGGAGGAAGCACUGAAAACGGAGAAACUACGGGAAACUGAACGAUACAUGGAUAAGAUACUGACGGGAAAACGCAAGAAGUUGCUCAAGCAGGGCAAAAAUGAAUUGGCUGCCGCUCUGACUGACAAGGAUGUACUAAUGGAGAUGUCUGUGAAUUUCAAAUUCGAUCGCCAAAAUGCCUUGCUGGAGGUGCCUUGUGAACAUCCCACGGAUCACUCUGCGCAAAUAGUUACCAUUCCCAUUGUGCACACCAAUUCCCUGAAAUACCGCGUUUUCAAAGAUCUUUGGCGGCGCGGAAAGUACGUGACUUCCGGCGAUGCAUUUGGUGCUGACUUUCUGGUUUACCCCGGCGAUCCCAUGAUCUACCAUGCCUCCCACAUUGUAAUUGUUCACGAACAACCUGUAAUUAAACCCCUGGAACUGAUAGCCAAAGUUCGUCUAUCGGUGAUUGUCAACAAAAGCUGCGUAUUCGCCUACGAGAUGGAAAAUAAUGAGGAAAAAAUCCAUUACCAAACGGUCGCAUGGUGCAAUCCUGGCAAAUGAGGAAAUCACAGUUUCGAGAAAGCAGCGCGCCAAGCAGCAAGAAGAAGAGGAAGAGCAAAGGGAGUUGGAAAAGCAGUGGCGUCGUGGAGGAGGAGUAGAAAGG